UACUCUCUAGCUGGUACCUUAUCUUUCCACAAAGAAACCCAAAAAGUGAAAUAUCAAAUUUUCAAGCUCAACUUAUUAAAACAAGAAAAUCUUCCAUAUCUCUACAGUUUUCAAAGUAGUUUCUUUCUCAAGAAACAUAAAUUCAAAGAGUCUUUUAAGGUUUUCAAUCUGUUCCUGUCUUUCACACUCUGUUUUUUCUGAUUCAUACUCUAAGAAAUGACUUCGAAAGAUUCAGGAAGAAAUAAUGAAGUAAAACUAGAGAACAUCAAAACCCAUGAAGAAAAGAAGAGAUUAUGUGAUUUCUGUGGAGAAUCAAAAGCAUUACUAUACUGUAAAGCAGAUUCAGCCAAGCUCUGUUUUCAGUGUGAUGGUGAAGUUCAUUCAACAAAUCCAUUGUUUACCAAACACAUUAGGUUCCAAUUAUGUGAUAUUUGUGAUUCAAAUCCAGCUUCUAUUCAUUGUUCUACUGAGAAUCAUGUUUUAUGUCAGAACUGUGAUUGGGAAACUCAUAAUCAUAAUCAUAGUCAUGAUAAGAAUUUGAUUCAUGAUAGAAGACCUCUUGAAGGGUUUACUGGAUGUCCUAGUGCUACUGAAUUGUCUUCUAUUUUGGGGUUUGAAGAUUUAAGAGAUAAGUCUUUCUUUGAUGGUGGUGGUGGUGGUGGAGGAAGUUUCAAUAAUUUAGGGUCUGGGUUUGAUGAUUUGUUUGUUUGGGAUACUCCUAAUAUUAUUAGUCUUGAUGAUCUUAUUGUUUCUAGUGAUUCUAGUCAGAGUUUUCCAGCUAUGGGGAUUCCACCUUUACCUAAGAAUCGGAAUACAGCUUGUGGGAAGUAUAAGGAAGAUAUAAUACAUCAGCUCCAGAACAUGUUGAACCUGGACAUAAACUGGAAAAAUGAAUGUGUGGAAGUUGAAUCCCUUCUUGGACUUAAACCUCUGCUGCCUGAACAACCAGGAAAUCUGUGUAGCAGCUUCAAACAUGACGCUGAGCCGAAAGGCUAUGAGGCGCAUGCAAUUCAUUGGCAAGACGACGGUGGUGAAGCAGGAAAUCAAAAUCUCAUGCCUUCCACAUUUUCAGGAAGUUAUUAUGAAGACAGUUUUUUAGCUCUUGAUAAUCCUGAUGAUGUUGGUGGAUUUGGAAUUGAUGUCACCGGGGGCAAUGAAAAGCAAUCACAACAUCAAGUUGUUGAAGACACAGUACAUGUGGUGCCAAAGUAUGCUCCACCCCAGUUAACAGGGCAGGAUAGAGACUUAAUGAUCUCACGGUACAAGGAGAAGAGGAAAACUAGAAGGUAUGAUAAGCACAUCCGGUAUGAAUCUCGUAAAGCUAGAGCAGAAGGCAGGACAAGGAUUAAAGGAAGGUUUGCUAAGAUUGCGUAAUUCAGUUACCCAUGCACUCUCGUGGACAUCAGGUUGGGUUUUGGAUGAUCCAAUAUGUUGUUACUUGUUACAGAUUUCACCUCUACGAAUCUCUUUUGCUGUUCCACAAGUGAACUUAAAUUUUGUAUAUUAAUUUGUUUUCGUAAUAGUAGAUAAAUAAUCUAACUCAUAGACCAAUUUGCAGUCACUGUAUAUUGAAGAGUUGGAAAGGAAAAGAAAGGUCAUGUAAGGUUUUUUAUUUUUCUGAAAUUUUGAUAUGCUCUUGUUGGUGUUUAAUGGGAGAAGUAUGUUUGUCAUAAA